AUGAGCCGAUUUCCUCGAGGCGAAAAUACAUUGGCUCAUCCCCACAGUGUAAUUGUUUCUUCUAUAACUGUUCUCAAAGAUUCCAUCCUCAGCGGUGCAUGGAUUUAUCCAGUCCAUGGAAUAUUCUACUUCAUCUCUCAUCCUUCUCUUUAUCACUCUAUCCAACCUGUCCUAAUUAAAUGUCUAUUUAUUUCUGGAGGAAUCACUGCAGGAAUGUUUGCAUUCACAUAUCUUCCCCAGGUGGCUUUUUGCGCAAUAUUUUCUGGUCCUUUCGCCUUUGCUGCUGCUGCGGUCAUGGUUUUGGGCGAGUCCUAUGCCUUGGUGUUGAUGGCAACCAAGAUGUUCAUUUUAGAGGACGCUCAGGAUAAACUUUUCGACGCCGUUUUGCUGCAGCAAGGCCACGAGGCUCUUGUAUCAUCGGAUAGGCCGGUGAAGAGCAGUCGUUCAGGAAUUAAAACCAUUGGGAAAUCUGUUACGAAGCCGCUCAGUCGUUUCUCCAAGGACGGGCUCAUAAGAUACAUCAUAUCUUUACCUUUGAACUCGCUGCCAGUAGUCGGCACAAUAGUGUUCCUCUUUUACAAUGGACUGAAGGCGGGACCUAGAUAUCAUGAACGGUACUUUAAGCUGAAAGGCCUGGAUGUCCAGGAGAGGCAAACAUCCGUCGAAAGGAUGAGAGGCGCAUACACUGCUUUUGGCGCUAUUGCGCUUGCUCUCGAUCUAGUUCCCAUUGGUGGGCUUGUAUUCACAUUUACCUCAACCAUUGGGGCUGCCUUGUGGGCAAGCAAUUUGGAAAAGAAAAAUAGGGGUGCUCCUGGUAGUCGUAAUGCUGAUUUUGGUCGUCCAGAAGGGAGCUCUGAAGUACAAGUUGAAAUUGAGAGCGAGUGAGUGUACGUAUACGGCUAUGGGUAAUCUUGUUUUCAGUCAUCGGCCGUUAUGGCAUUUUUGUACUGCUGCGAGUCUGCGACCGGAGUGCG